AGCUAGGGGCAGAGGCCGCGGGCACCCGCGGCUAGGCUUCGCGGCUGGCCGGCCGGCGGCCCAAAGGCAGCGAUGGCUGCGGCAAUGAGGAAACAGCUGAUUGAGUACAUCGAGGCGAACGGGGGCUUCGAGGACUCCGAGAAGCUCUGUGAAGAGAAAGGCUGGGACCAUGAGACGUUAGUGGGCGCCAUCAAGUCCUUGCAGUCCGAGGAGCAGAUCACUGCAGAAGCCUCCAAGCGCGAAGGCUGGAAGCUCACAGCGGAAGGGGAGGAGUACUGCAGGAGCGGGAGUCCGGAAGUCCAGGUCUUCGACUUUGUGAAGGCCAAGGGCUCGGUGCCCAGCUCCGAGCUGGACGCCGCGCUGGGGGCCAUGGCCAAGAUCGGCCUGGGCACCUGUAUGAAGAACAAGUGGGUGUCCAUCGACAAAGCCAAGGUCUGCACCUGCUCGGUGGACAGCGUCACGGACACCGUGCGCCAGGAGCUGGGAAGCCUUAGCACCUUGGACAAGGCGAAGCUGGACGCGUUGAAGAAGCGGAAGCUGAUCGCGCCCACAAGCCUCACUGCCUUCAAGGUGGAGAAGACUGGGAAGUUCUCCUCGGGAGCUCAGAAGGCGGUGGCUGACCUCACCUCCGAGAUGAUCUCCAAGGGUACUUGGGCCAGCACCACCUUCAAGCCCUUCAACCUCACCAACGCCAAGGGCACGGUGAGUGAAGGAGGCCAUCUUCAUCCCUUGAACAAGGUGAAGACGGAGAUGCGGCAGGUGCUGAUGCAGAUGGGCUUUGAGGAGAUGCCCACGAACCAGUGGGUGGAAAGCUCCUUCUGGAACUUCGACGCACUCUUCCAGCCACAGCAGCAUCCCGCCCGAGACGCGCACGACACCUUCUUCAUGGAGGCGCCCAGCCGAGCGCAGAACAUUCCAGAGGACUACCUCAGAAGAGUCAAGGAGAUGCACGAGAAAGGAGGUCAAGGCUCCAUCGGCUGGCGCUAUGACUGGAGUGAGGACGAAGCUAAGAAAACUCUGCUGCGCACUCACACCACAGCCGUUUCCGCCAGGAUGCUCUACAAGAUGGGCGAGGAGUAUCGGAAAACCGGGGUCUUUCAGCCCAAGAAGUACUUCUCCAUUGACCGCGUCUUCAGAAAUGAGACGUUGGACGCCACCCACCUGGCAGAGUUCCACCAGAUCGAGGGCUUCGUGGCAGACCGCAACAUCGGACUGCCGCAGCUCAUCGGCGUGCUCCGAGACUUCUUCUCGCGGAUCGGCAUCUCGAAGCUCCGCUUCAAGCCGGCCUACAACCCCUACACCGAGCCCUCUAUGGAGGUCUUCGGCUUCCACCCCAUCCUGAAAAAGUGGAUCGAGGUGGGAAACAGCGGCGUCUUCAGACCAGAGAUGCUGCUGCCCAUGGGUUUGCCAGAAGAUGUCACCGUCAUCGCCUGGGGCAUCGGAUGUGAGAGAUGGACGGCGUUGCUGUACAACAUCCGCAUGAUCAAGGAGCUUUUCAGCUUCCAGCAGGAUGUGGCCGCCACCAAGAAGAACCCCAUGUGUUGGCUGCGAAGGGCGGAGGAUUAAGCCUGCAUUCUGCGGGAAUUUUGCGGUUUUCCGCUCACGGCCGUGCAGAAGGCCCCGCCAGCCCGCGUGGG